UCCUACCGAUUAUUAUUUUCUCCUCCUCCCCCCUUCCCCGUCCGCGUGCACGAAGAUUGUCGGCACGGUGUUAAAAGGUAUAUCACGAGCGGUAUACACAACACGUUCGUGUCGUUGCCGUCGUUGCGUCGUCGUCAUCGUCGUCGUCGUCGCUGUCUCGCUAUCGCUGUCACCGUCGUGCAGCGCCGAGUGUCCCGAUUCAAACGUAUCGCCCGGUGUAUAACGGAGGAUGGCAUUCAACGGAGACGGUCCGCACUCCAAGAGGCAACGGCUCGAGGAAUCCGGACACAGGAAUCACGAAUAUGGCGGGUACGGAGAUGAGCCACGUCGAAAAAGAGAAGACAAUAAUAAACCGAACCACGUCCUCCUCUUCACAAUUAUCAAUCCAGUUUACCCCAUCACUGUGGAAGUGUUGCACACGAUCAGUGCGCCCAGCGGGCAGGUUCAGCGCAUCGUAAUCUUUAAGAAAAACGGCGUGCAAGCUAUGGUUGAGUUUGACUCGGUGGAAUCGGCAACCAGAGCAAAGGAAACACUACAUGGGGCAGACAUAUAUUCUGGCUGCUGCACACUAAAAAUAGACUUCGCAAAGCCGACAAAGCUCAACGUCUACAAGAACGAUGCCGAAAGCUGGGACUACACAACGCCGACACUGGGCUCGAGCACACAUAAAAACGACGCGACAGGAAAUGGAAGGCCAGCUCCCCUUUUGGCUGAGCCAAGAUACGGCGCCGCGCCUCAACCGUAUGGUUCCACGCCGCAGGUCACCUUCCCGCCGGGAGCUGGUCACGAUCGUUACGAGGAGAACUUCAACGGACCGGCGACGUAUGCGGAGCCGUACGUCGAGCGUUACGGCAUCAAGAGCGAUUUCAGUGGCCGUGAGCCGUUACAUCCCACACCACCUCGGCCGGGUUAUGUGCCCACCUUGGGCCAAACGCCGCCCUCCAGCACGCAAGGCUCGGUCAUGAUGGUGUACGGACUACAACCGGACAAAGUCAAUACCGACAAGCUCUUCAACCUGUUCUGCCUGUACGGCAAUGUGACGAAGGUUAAAUUUUUGAAAACAAAGGAGGGCUGCGCGAUGAUACAAAUGGGAGACAGCAUAGCUGUAGAACGGUGUCUGCAGAACCUGAACAACGUCACGAUCGGGACGGACGGCAGGCUACAGCUUGGCUUCUCAAAGCAGGCCUUCCUCUCGGACGUAACCAACCCUUACAUUCUACCCGACAAGACAGCAAGCUUCAAGGACUUCACGGGAAGUAAGAAUAACAGAUUCCUGAAUCCUGCGAUGGCCAAUAAGAAUAGAAUACAACCACCAUCGAAGAUAGUUCACUUCUUCAAUACCCCACCGGAUUUAACCGAGGAAACAGUGAAUCGCGUGUUUGUGGAGCGCGGCAUCGAGGCACCGACGACGAUCAAGCUGUUCCCUCUCAAGUCUGAACGAUCGUCGUCCGGUUUGAUCGAGUUCAGCAGUGUCGGUAUCGCGGUGGCCGCUAUCAUGGAAUGCAAUCACACGGCGCUCGAGAACAGCAACGGCAAAUUCCCCUACAUCAUGAAGCUCUGUUUCUCGUCGUCGCGCACCAUACCCACGAGCUUCCCGCCCAACAGCGGCAGCGUGUCGAGCAAUUCCGCUGGUAAUGGCCACGCCAAAAUGCAGCAGGACUCGGAAUAGAACGGCGAGGUCCAGGGCCAGCAGCGUCAGCGUCAGCGCCAGCGCCCCUCACUCGCCGCCCUGCACCCGUUGUGUGCCCCCGCGACGGCGGGCACGGCCCUGCACCCCGCAGCCGCAGCAAUAACGCUGUCCCCAGUCCUACCGCCGCCGCCACCAGUACCACCACCUCUGCCGCCACCCACCUGUCUCCUAAUAGCCACCCCGACCCUUUAUCCAACCGUACCACCACCACCCCCACCUCCAUUGCCUACCUUCUGGCCCUAUUAAUACGGCGGGCCCACACAUCAGGUGGGUGAGACGAACGUACGCGAGAUCGGCCGAGAAUGGACUCUCCAAAAAUGAGAAGAAUAAUCGAGACACAUCCCCGCAGCGAAAAGGAAACGUACGUCGCGAUGUCGUUUAUUUUUGAUCGAAGGCAACAGACGGUGAGACAACCAGGCGUUCUGUGGCUGUCCGCCGAGGUCUACCGGGUUUGGAAAGGGUCGCGUGUAUUCUUGGACAUGCUCUCAAAGUCUUCGUCCCGUCGUGGUCGAAGGCUUAGGAAAGUUUCCGAUGGUAUAGUAGUGUGUAACUUGAUGCCUAAUAGUACCGUGUUCCACUAGAGACACGUUGUCAACGCCGGUCGGACAUGGGACUCGGCGUCCGACGGGAGGUGGGGUACAAGUGCAACGACACGUCGGAGGGAACAUCGGAAUAGGUACUGUUGAAGUCACAGGGAAUCCUUCGCGGCCGGCUGGUCACGAUUUUCGCGACGUCUCGCAGGGUAGGGCGAGACGGAUGACACGUACGCGCCGCGUUCCAAUUUUGGAGACUCCUGUAAAUAGCUCGGAGACUAGCAACCUCCGACGCGCAUACAUAUCAAAGGGCUUGGAAGUAAAUCGGUACGUUUCACGAGGAACCAUGCACGCGAUUUUCGUAGAAACUUCUCACUCGACGAUUCGGCACCGAUGCUGAGGAAUUUGAAAAAAUGAGAACCGUCCCGAGCAAGGCUGUGAAACCUUCUUACAAAAAGAAACGAU